AUCGUCUUCCAUUCAAAAGUUUCUCUUCUCUUCUCUUCUCUUCUCUUUCACAUAGUCUUGUAAGAAAAAUCCAAUGGCUAAGGGAGGCAAUAAGCUCACAAAGCUCAAAUCAGUUUUGAAGAAAAUGCAAUCUUUCAAGGUAGGCCGUAUCCACGAGAGCCUUGUAGUGGCCACCAACAAUUCUUCCUCUGACGAAGAUUCAUAUUCCUAUGAUAGUCAUUGCUCCAUUAAAGACCAGCACACAGUCUAUGUUGGUAAAUCACGUCGUCGUUACUUCGUCAGCUCUGAGGUCGUCUACCAUCCACUCUUCAGGGAACUUGUUGAAAGGUCAGGUGAUUCAGAAGAUUCUAUCGCUGUUGCUUGUGAAGUUGUUCUCUUCGAACACUUGCUUUGGAUGCUUGAAAAUACAGAUCCUCAGCAGCCAGAGUCCUUGGAUGAACUUGUCGAAUUUUACUCUUGCUGAAGUAUUUUACAUUGCGGAAUUCAUCUUCUCGCUAGAUACUGUCAGUAGCUAAAAACCACCAAAAAGGAAAAAGAAAAAAAGAUAUUGCAUGAGGAGGGAUUCCCUGCAGUCAGCCACCAUGUGGUAUACAGUUGUAAAUCUAUUUUAAUACUUUAUAAGGUUUUAUAUAUUUAGCGCUACUAGCUAGGAAAAUGGUAGAGAUGAUUAAUCCCAUGCUUACAUGGGUGUAACGAUUCGCGAAUAAUUAUAUUUCUAGUUCUUUGUAUUACAUGUAUAAAUAUAUAUAUACAAGUGUUUGGAUGUAUGCAUA